AUGGCCACCCUGAACCAGGUCAUGAAGGGUUCCCGUAAGCAAAAGAAGGUCAUCAAAGCCAAGUGUCCAUCUCUGCUCAGCAAUCCCUUCAAGAAGGGGGUCUGCAAUAAAGUCUACACCGUAAAGCCGAAGAAGCCCAACUCAGCUGUUCGAAAGGUUGCUAGGAUCAAGUUGUCAACUGGAAGACAGAUUAUCGCAUACAUCCCCGGAGAGGGUCACAACUGUCAGGAACACUCUGUCGUUGUUGUUCGUGGUGGUCGUGUGCAGGAUCUUCCCGGUGUGUUGUACCACUGUGUCAGAGGUGUGGGGGAUCUUAGCGGUGUUGCGACGAGAACGACGUCGAGAAGUAAAUACGGUACUAAGAAGCCUGCGAAGGCUGACAAAUAG